AAUAAAAAUAAAAAACGACCUUAAAGCCCCUUAAGUGUCCCCUACCUAAGGAAAUAUUUGACGGGCUCUAUGCAACGCCAUUAAACAAUUCAUUUAGGUAAGAGACAAUAAUGUAAACCUUUAAGGGAAACACUUAAGAUGUUUAUGCAACCGGGCCAUGCAUGAGUUUAUGAAAGAUUCAAUUAACCAUUAUGCUCUUCCUCAGAGCAACAGCGCCAUAUGCUGGUGAAAGCUGGAAUACUUUGUCGAAUCUGCACCAAGUGUAUUUAUCCAUUUUCUAGGGAAUAACAUGUUGAAACUGCCACUUGAUAACUGAAGCAUUCAUUUACUUGUUUUCUGAGAUUUCAUCAUUCUGUUCCAUCCACAUUGUCGCUCCGCCCGCGGUCCAUGCUUCGUAGCGCAACAUCAGCACUGCUGAGGACCAGCAUUGAGAUUCGCUCGGUGCCGAGGGUCUGCCGGUUUCUACAGUCGCUGCUGCGCUGUCCGACCCAAAACAGGUCGUUUUCUUUGUCGGUCUGCUUGUGUAAGAAAAAGAAAAGUCUUUGGCUGGAGCUUUCCGAAGGACACAAAAUGAGUGGCAAUAUUGAAGAAAUCCUCGCCCCACUGAGGCUGGCAGUGAAAGAACAGGGUGAGCUGGUGCGCCAGAUGAAACAGGAUGGUGCCCCUGAUGUUGACGUCCUUAAAGCUGUGGCUGAACUGAAAGCUAGGAAGAGAACUCUGGAAACUAAGGAACUGUCUCUGCAGCCCAAAGAUGACAUUGUUGACAGAACCAAGAUGGAGGAUACGUUGAAGAGGAGAUUCUUCUAUGACCAGGCCUUCGCUAUCUAUGGAGGUGUGAGUGGUCUGUAUGACUUUGGCCCUGUGGGCUGUGCCCUGAAGAACAACAUCUUGCAGGCCUGGAGGCAGCACUUCAUCCAGGAGGAGCAGAUCCUGGAGAUCGACUGCACCAUGCUCACCCCGGAGCCCGUUCUCAAGACGUCUGGACACGUGGACAAGUUUGCGGACUACAUGGUGAAAGACGUGAAGAACGGAGAGUGUUUCAGGGCAGACCACCUCCUCAAAGCUCACCUCCAGAAGCUGAUGUCUGAUAAGAAGUGUCCUGCAGAGAAUAAGGCCGAGAUGGAGGAAGUGGUCACUCAGAUGGACAACUACACUCAACAGGAGUUGACUGACCUCUUUGUGAAAUACAGUGUCAAGUCCCCCACCACAGGAAAUGACGUUUCAGCCCCUCAUCUCUUCAACCUGAUGUUCCAGACGUCUAUCGGACCAGGGGGAAACAUGACAGGCUACUUGAGGCCUGAAACGGCUCAGGGAAUCUUCCUCAACUUCAAGCGUCUGUUGGAAUUCAACCAGGGAAAGCUUCCCUUCGCUGCUGCUCAGAUCGGCAACUCCUUCAGGAACGAGAUCUCACCUCGCUCAGGACUCAUCCGUGUCAGAGAGUUCACCAUGGCUGAGAUUGAGCACUUUGUGGACCCGACUGAGAAGUUCCACCCCAAGUUCCCUAACGUGGCUGACCUGGAGAUCAUCCUGUACUCCUCCAAGGCCCAGACCAGUGGCCAGUCUGCUCACAUCAUGAGGCUGGGGGAUGCUGUGGAGCAGGGGGUGAUCAAUAACUCCGUCCUGGGAUAUUUCAUCGGGAGAAUCUACCUCUACCUCACUAAAGUGGGUGUGGCCAAAGACAAGCUUCGCUUCCGUCAGCACAUGGACAACGAGAUGGCCCACUACGCCUGUGACUGCUGGGACGCAGAGACCAAAACAUCCUAUGGCUGGAUCGAGAUAGUGGGCUGUGCGGACCGCUCCUGUUUCGACCUGCUGUGCCACGCCCGGGCUACCAAGGUCCCUCUAGUGGCCGAGAAGCCUCUUAAAGAACCCAAAGUAGUCGAUAUCGUCCAGUUUGAGCCCAAUAAGGGAGCCAUCGGUAAAGCCUAUAAGAAGGACGCCAAACUAGUGAUGGAGUACCUAGCUGUCUGUGACGAGUGUUUCAUCACUGAACAGGAGAUGCUGCUCAACAGCAGCGGGGAGUUCACCAUAGAGACGGAGGGAAAGACUUUUAAACUCACCAAGGACAUGGUCAGUGUGAAGCGGUUUCAGAAGACCCUGCAUGUGGAAGAGGUGGUCCCUAAUGUCAUCGAACCCUCCUUUGGCAUCGGUAGAAUCAUGUACUCAAUCUUCGAGCACACAUUCCAAGUCAGAGCGGGAGAUGAACAGAGAACGUUCUUCAGCUUCCCUACCACUGUAGCUCCAUAUAAAUGCUCCGUCCUUCCUUUGAGCCAAAACCAGGAAUUCAUGCCUUUUGUUAAGGAACUCUCUGAAGCGAUGACCAAACAGGGCGUGUCCCACAAGGUGGACGACUCGUCAGGAUCCAUUGGGCGGCGCUACGCCAGAACAGACGAGAUCGGAGUGGCGUUCGGCAUCACCAUCGACUUUGACACGGUGAACAAGACGCCCCACACCGCCACUCUGAGGGACCGCGACUCCAUGAGGCAGAUCAGGGCCGAGGUUAGUGAGUUGCCAGGAAUCAUCCGUGAUCUGGCAAACGGUGUCAUGACAUGGGCCGAGGUGGAGAGCAAGUACCCCAUCUUUGAGGGACAGGAGACCAGCAAGAAGGACACUGCCGAGGAAUGAAGUUAAACUUACUCAGUAUGUCUGUCCUAUGAAACGCCCACAGACGUUUUUACAUUUCUCCAUCCAUAGGGACGAUUUUACUGCAACUGUAUUUCAGGAAGCAGUCAGUCCUCACGAUGUCCUAACACACAACUGCAACCACUGAAAUUAAACUUCAAAAUAAAUGUUAUAUAAUCAUUGUACUGAACAAUUAUAAACAGGGUGGCAGAGUAAUGAUUUGUCCCUGUUCUGGUAAAUAUUCACCUGCGUACUGGAAUCUGCUCAGUUGGAGAGAGGGGGGAGAGAGAGAGAGUGCGUGAGGGGGGGAAGAGAUCUUCUCAGCCUGGUAUAAAAAGAGAAUUGUGUUCAGGUUGUCAGUCUUGUGUGGGAAGAGAAGAGAGACUUCCAGUUUCAGGACUGAUUAAAUGGAAAACAUCUCUGGUUCAAUAAAGUGAGCCUGCUCUUACUGGAA